AUGUCAGUCAAAAACGUCGGUAUCAAGGCCAUCGAGGUCUACAUCCCCACAAACUACGUCAACCAAUCUGAGUUGGAGAAAUUCGACGAGAUCCCAGCGGGCAAAUACACCAUUGGCUUGGGCCAGACCAACAUGGCCUUCGUCUCUGACAGAGAGGACAUUUACUCCAUCUCGUUGACUGCCACUUCUAGAUUGUUGAAGAACUACAACAUCGACCCCAACUCUAUUGGUAGAUUGGAGGUCGGAACCGAGACCUUGUUGGACAAGUCCAAGUCGGUCAAGUCGGUUUUGAUGCAACUUUUUGGCGACAACGACGACAUUGAAGGUGUCGACACGGUCAACGCGUGCUACGGUGGAACCUCUGCUGUUAUUAACGCCGUCAACUGGAUCGAGUCUUCUUCCUGGGAUGGUAGAGACGCCAUUGUCGUGGCAGGCGACAUUGCUAUCUACUCGAAGGGUGCCGCCAGACCAACCGGUGGUGUUGGCUCUGUGGCCAUGCUUAUUGGCCCAGACGCGCCGCUUGUUUUCGACCUGACCAGAGGCUCUCACAUGGAGCAUGCUUACGAUUUCUACAAGCCUGACUUCACAUCUGAGUAUCCUGUUGUUGACGGUCACUUCUCGUUGACUUGCUACACCAAGUCCUUGGACCACGCAUACCGCAACUACAGCAAGAAGAUCACUAAGUCUGCCAACAAGACUGUUGGCAUCUUGGACCACUUUGAUUACUCGGCCUUCCACGUGCCAACCUGUAAGUUGGUGACCAAGUCUUUUGCCAGAUUGUUGUACAAUGACUUUGUCUCCAACCCUGAUGCAUUCAAGGACAAGUUGGAUGCCGAGGUGUUCGAACAAGUCAAGAGCUUGACUUACGAGCAAUCUUUGACUGACAGAAACCUCGAGAAGGUGUUUUUGGGUCUCGCCAAGGAAGAGUCUGCCAAGAGAGUCUCCCCAGCUUUGAAGGUGGCCACCAACACCGGUAACAUGUAUACCGCUUCGUGCUGGACAUCGUUGGCUUCGGUCUUGUUCUUUGUUGGUAGCGAGAACUUGCAAGGUAAGAAGAUUUCCGUCUUCUCGUACGGUUCUGGUCUUGCUUCUACAUUCAUGUCAUUGAACGUUGUUGGCGACAUCUCCCACAUCACCAAAGUCUUGGACUUGGAGCACAAGUUGUUUGCUGGCAGAAAGCAAAGAACUCCGCAAGAAUAUGUCGAGCACAUUGAGUUGCGAGAAAAGGCCCACUUGCAAAAGAGUUUCAAACCAGCCGGCUCUGUUGACGACAUUGCUCCUGGUGCUUACUACUUGGUUGACAUUAACGACAAAUUCCAAAGAUCGUACAAUGUCAAGAACUAG